CUCCCCGCGUGUCACAUGGAGAGAGAUCUGGAACUAAAAGAUAAAAUGGCGGACGAGAGUGGCUAUGUACAAGCACGUUUCAUAACGAAACAAACCAAAUAUGCUGUCUCAGAGUCGCCAUUUUCUGUGCCGAUGAAAGUUGGAUCACAAGAACUCAAUGAACUUAUCAGUAGUUUGCUGUCAUCAAAUGUAUUGUUAGGUAAUGGAAAUCUUACCUUUGUCAUAGAUGUUGGAACAUCUGAGUCUGAUACUGAAAAUGAGAGGAAUUUUCAGUUUGAUUUCCUCAUUGAUGGAAUUUACCUGCAAGAAACACUUGACAAACACAUGAGGCUCUACAACAUCUCAACUGAAAGUGUGGUUGAAAUAGAAUACCUUGAAAAACACCCAGCACCACGACCAGAUAACUGUCUUCUUCAUGAUGACUGGGUCAGUUCCAUAGCUGUUUGUAAGAAGUGUGUUCUAAGUGGCAGCUAUGAUGGAAAUGCGUAUGUGUGGGAUUUUAAAGGUACCUGUAUUUUGACGUUUGAUGGGCACACAGCACCUGUGAAAAGUGUCUGUUGGAUCAGUAUGGAUGAUGAUGUGGGCAUCUUUUUAAGCGCUUCACAGGAUCAGUCCAUCCGCCUCAGUGAGUGGUCACGUGGUAAUGACACGACCCAAUGUAUCCAUAUCUGCAAAGGUCACACACAAAGUGUGGAUACACUAGCAGUUGACUCUUCACAAACAAAGUUUUGUAGCGGCUCAUGGGAUAAAACACUGAAAAUAUGGUCUGCUGUUCCAGACCCUUCAGCAUCCGAUGAAACAGGGGAUGAAGGGAAAGUAAAGAAGAAGCAAAAAACAGUGUUAAGCAAAAGAAAAGAAACUACGCGGACUCCACUCAUGACCUUAUCGGGGCACACCGAGGCAGUAUCUAGUGUGUUAUGGAUCGACCAAAGCACGGUUUGCAGUGCAGGCUGGGAUCACACCAUUCGAGUCUGGGACAUUUCCGCUGGGGUUAAUAAACAGACCCUGAAUGGUUCCAAAGUAUUUUGUGACAUCUCAUACUCCCCUUCAGCAAGACUUCUCGUUUCCGGUAGCGCUGACAGACAUGUUCGUCUUUGGGAUCCCAGAACAACCGACGGAGCUGUGGUGAAGAAGACUCUGACAUCACAUCAAGGCUGGGUGUCCUCAGUGGCGUGGUCUCCAAGCAGCCAGUUUGAAUUGAUUUCUGGGUCAUACGAUACGACUGUCAAUCUGUGGGAUAUACGGAGCGUGAAUACACCGCUGUUCACAAUGACUGAACAUCAGGACAAAGUGAUGAACGUAAAUUGGACGCAAAACUCUAGUAUUUUAAGCGGCGGUGCGGAUAACCAGUUGAUAAUUUAUGAUAUCUCUGGGGGACGCUGGAGAACACGGAGCAGUGACAUGGAAUGACAGCCCAGCCCAAUUUGCCAAGUUGUCGACGGAUUACGAGGUCCAUGAUAAAUUAAGGCGUAUAAAAAUAUAUUAAUAAAAUCGUCAUCAUCUUCCUCUCUCUGUCGUCAGCGUGGUUCUUCCUUCAAAAAAGCAACGGGAUCACGUUUUUUUACCAUUCAUACUCGUAUCAAUGCCGUUUACGUCAAUGUGAAUAACGUGCGUGAAAGUUGGACGAAUAAAAACAGUGAUAUUUGUUAUUACUUGAA